AUGCAAAUACAUACAAAAAAACUCGUACGCUGCCUCAGUGCGCCUCGUUUACUCGACUGUUCUGCACUUGGCAAUGAAAGUAACGAGAAGAAAAGCAAACCCUUAACUCAAGAAGGUGAUCGAAUGUCCAUUAAAGACGAUGAUUCGAUUCAAACAGUGGCACAACCUCACCUACCAUUGCAUAUAAGACAACAGAUUGCUGAUUGGAAACGACAAGCACAACAUGCGGGUAACGAAUCAACAAAGAACGAUAGUCAUCAUUUAUCUAUGCCAACACCUCACACAAUGAUUGAAACAGGUUUAACAUUUCAUCGUGAUAUUAAAGAAGGUAGUCAACGAUUCCGUUGGAAUCUCCUGUUCAAUAUUUUACUUUGGAUAAUUGUACCAUUCCCAUUAUGGAUACCAUUUAUUUCUAAUCGAAUUGCAUAUUUUAUCAUUCCAUCUAUCCAAGCGGUGUUUGUUGGCAUGUGGAUAAUAAUUUCAAUGUUGGCUCUAAAAAAUGCAUUGAUUCUAUAUCUAAAUCGUUAUCAUGAUUUUAGUAGAAUGAAUGCCACAACGAAAAACGUAAAUAUUCAUCAUAUUGUUGCAAUCAGUUGUUACAAAGAACCAAUUGAACUCAUUGCGCAAAGUAUUCAAACAGUGGCUAAUCAAACUGAAGUACAUAAAAUUACAAUGAUCGUUUCAUUUGAAGAGCGAACGCCGAAUAAAGAAGAAAAAUGUCAGUUACUCAAAAAACAAUUUGGUCAGUGUGGAUUCACACGCAUGCUAUUCACUAUUCAUCCAUACGGUCUGCCCAAUGAAAUACCGGGCAAGUGUUCCAAUUCAAAUUACGGUCUUCGUAUAGGCGUUCAACAAAUGGCUAUACCCGAUCAAGAAACUGAUAAUAUUUUGGUGACAACCUGUGAUGCAGAUUCAAAAUUUCCGCCACAAUAUAUUGCUGCAUUAACACAUCAAUAUUUGAAACAGAAUCGGCCAGCGUUAACAACUAUCUAUCAAUCGCCAUUAUUUUAUAAUUGGAAAUUAGAUGGUUUAUCAUUUUUUACUCGUGUGAUAGGUCUACUUCGAAGUAUGCUCAUGUUAGGUGCAUUGAUUCCGUUUAAUAUCAAUACGAUGAGCAUAUUUUCAUAUUCGUUGAGUUUGGCAAAAAAGGGCAAUUAUAUUCAUCCCGCUUAUCAAAUGGACGAUAUCAUUUGUUUGAUUCGUUGGAUGGGCGUCACGCAACGGCGCUUAGUGAUAUCAAUGAUUCCUGUACCUGUGCUUAGUGGCCCAACGAGCGGAGAAACAAUCGAAAAAGAAAUCAUUGAAUGGGCACGACAAGCUCGUCGAUGGACAAUAGGAGCAGCCGAAGUCUUUCAUUAUUUUGUUAUCAAAGCAAAACGAAUUCCAAUCAUUGCUGCUUUUUCGUGGGGCAUUAGUUUUAUGAUUUACUAUGGAAUUCUUCUUUGUUCAGCUGGUUUAUACGGUGUAACGUCUAUGGUUUCGAUGCUUUUACUCGUUCGUGAUGUUCCGCCGAUCAUUACAUUAAUUAUGUAUUGCUUGUUUGGUGCACAGAUGGCGACAUUUCUUGUGGCUUUUAUCAUCGAUAUGUUUAUUCCAAAAUUAUUGGACGUUAAAGAAUGCAUUUUCGUUCUACGAAAUCUAUUUCAUUUCCUUACAACACCCUUGGUACUUCUAGUUUAUUCGCUUGUAGAAUUGUACGCAUUGCAUGAAAUUCUUAUUUUUGGCAGAAAAGUGUGUAAACACGGUGCAUCUGCAAAGACAGCUCUCUGA